UUAACAACUUUAGUGAAUAUAAUGCCUAUAUGUAAUCCGAUAUUCCGACUACACUUUAGGCGAGAUUCAGGGCUGUCAAUACAUCAUAAAUUAACUUCAAUAGACCUUAUCGCGCUGAAGAAUAAGUUCUGUUCAAGUAGUCCUCACUAAAAAUGUAUCUAGCUUCCCGCUUUCUGACAUUUGCAAGUGACAGAACACAGGAGUGCAUGAAAACCAACAGUCCUGCAAAACAUAUGAUAGAAACUUACAAACGUUGCGUUGAAGUUUUAUCUGUCCGCCUAAUUAGUUUAUUACAGUCAAUUGCAGAUUGAUUGCAGACUGCACCACAAGUAGUCAAAGUAUUUCACGGCUCGAUUCCAUUUCCGGUUCCGGCGACAAUGACGUUCCAGGAAGUGGCCAUCUUUGCAGAUUUGUGCUUGUAUGUUGUAUAGAAACUAUACUGUGGGUUUGGUAGAAUAUCAAAAUGAUAUUUUUGGGGGUGAAUUGUUUGUUAUUCGUGCGUCGCAACAACUUUUGAUUUAUUUCAAAUUCGAGGGCAAUAAAAAUAUUUGCUGAUACGUUUUAAAUAAAUGUAAUGCAUUGCGAUAUUGAAAUGUAACUGCAGGAAUCAACUAAUAAGGAGUUGUCAUCGAGGCUGUGAAAUGCAACGCUGUGCUUGGAAUACGUUUCGAGUGUAUUAUUUGAUGUAUCAUCGUUUACAAAAUGCUGUUUAACAGCUGUUGCUUGGGCCGCACUGCUUGUUAAUACUAGAAGAUCUGGUAUUACGAACUUCUAAUUUAUAACCUCUCAAAAUGAAGAAACUUUUUUCAAAGAUUGACAAUACGACGAAGGAGCCGAAUAGUUAUGUCGGCAAGGUAUUUGUCGUUGGGCGAGUGUCAGUGACAGUAGAAGAUGUUUUGGCGGAAGGAGGCUUUGCAGUUGUGUUCCUUGUGAAAGCUAAUAGUGGAAAUGCUCGUUAUGCAUUGAAGCGUAUGUAUGUUAAUAAUGAGCAUGACUUAAAUGUUGCAAAAAGAGAAAUUCAAAUUGCUAGUAAUUUAAGUGGUCACAAAAAUAUUAUCGGUUAUGUAGACUCAAGUCUUACUCAUACUGGUAAUGGUGUAUAUGAAGUUCUGUUGUUAAUGCCGUAUUGUAAGACACAUGUUCUUCAAAUGAUGAAUAGCAGGUUACAAUCUGGAUUCAGUGAAACUGAAGUUUUACAAAUGUUUUGUGAUAUGUGUGAAGCAGUGGAGAAUAUUUUGUUGAGUGAAAGUGGACAUUAUGUUCUCUGUGACUUUGGAUCAGCAACUGGGAAAGUUCUAAAUCCACAAAUACAAGGUGUUCCUGCUGUCGAAGAUGAAAUUAAAAAGUACACUACUUUGUCUUACCGAGCACCUGAAAUGGUUGAUCUAUACUCAGGGAGGCCAAUUACAACAAAAGCAGAUAUAUGGGCCUUAGGUUGUCUUCUUUAUAAACUGUGUUUUUUCUCAUUGCCAUUUGGAGAAAGCACUCUCGCCAUUCAGAGCGGCAAUUUCACCAUUCCUGAUAAUUCUAGAUAUUCCAAAGGUGUUCAUUGCCUUAUAAGAUACAUGCUUGAACCUGAUCAAGACAAAAGGCCAGAUAUAUUUCAGGUGUCAUUUGUGGCAUUUUCUCUUCAAGGGAAAGAUUGUCCUGUGCAAAAUUUACAUAAAUCACCCCUUCCUGUUGUUGAUCAAUUACCAGUUCCACAAUUAGAGAGUGAAUCAAAAAGGACUGCUGUCAAAGUUACAAAGCAGACUGUUGCACCUCUAGUUGAAGGGACAAGUGUGGCGCCAAGACAACGUCCCAAGGGUGGGCAGCCUCUCCCUGUAGGUGUUUUGCCUUUGCCUCUCGCUUCUCAACAUGCCCCACCCAGUAGCUCUGGUCGUCGACCGGUUGCUCCUCUUCCUGUGAAUGCUGUUUCACAGUCACCUGUGGCAGCAAAUGGUGCUUCUGUGAUAAAUAGUGAUAUUCCUGUUGGUUCCGUAAAUGUUCCGAUUGUAGCAUCUUGUCAGCCAUCUACACAGGCAGCGUUUGGAUCUAAUCCAACUGUUGCACAUCAACCUCCUUCUCAGCUUUCUUUUGCCUGUACGCUUCCAUCAAGUAAUACUACUUCUCAAACAUUUUUCCCUUCACCUGUGGCAGCACCUGCUGGUUUUGAUGCUAGAAUUCCUAGCCAUCCAGUCAUUCCUUCUAUACAAGGUCCUUCAAUUAAUCAGACUUGUCUUGGACAAACUCCUGGAAACUGUGGUGAAAAAAGAGAGAAGAAAGAAUCCUUAGAAGCCCUUUUUCCUCCGUCAGGAUUUCCAGACCCUUUCCGAGAUGACAGUAAUGUUGCUGAAUCGGGUCCUCCUCAAGGACCUCCACCUGUUCCACCGCCAGCAUUGACGCUUCCAUCUGCCAAUACAAAAUCUGGAGCUCACAAAUUAGAAUCAGUUUCACAGUGUAUCGCAACUGCAACUCCACCGAGCUCACCUACUUUAGCUCCUCCAAAAGGUCAUCGCCGAAAUAUGAGUGAUACGUCAGCUUUUAACAAAGUGUUUGCUAAUGAAACCAGUCAGUUUCUUGCCCCAUAUGAAGCAUCAGUAAAAUCAAGAUCUGGCUCAAAUAGUCCACCUGACAAUUCAGAUGCACCAUCUCGAACUUCUAACAUUCCAGAAUCAAGUAGGCAACAUGUUGGAGUUUCUGCAUCUCAUGGUGAACUGGCUAAUACAGUAACUGCGGGAGGGAGGUCAUUGUCAGCUGAUAUUGCAGAUUGGAAUCCUUUUGAAGAUUCAACUCCUUUCAGUCAGUUGACUGAAGAUCACAUAUUUGGUGCAGAAUUUGAUAAAAUAAGAAGGGGAUCUCAAAGUAGUAUCUCAAAUGUGAAAAGUCGAGAGAGUUUGGUUAUGGCUUACACUGAUAUGCCUGAGGAUCCAUUUAGUUCAGCGCCUUUUAGUAUGCCAGCUUCAAAACAUCUUAGAGACAAACAAUCUUCCAAGAAGGCUUCUUCAGGAGGAGUUUAUAAAGCUGUAGACAUGCCGAGAAGCGAACAAUGGGGCCAGCACAGCAGCAGCAAUUCAUCUCCUGAUAGGAAUGAACAUGGGGAUGGGGGCACUUCAUUUUUGUUGGGAAGUGCAAGUUCUCCUCCUUUUGUAAGGGCCCCUGCUGAAGACAGAUCAAAAUAUGAAAAGCUUUCACACAAUUUUGACGAUGUUUCAUCUGAUGACAGUCACAACAGGAAGCCAGAUGAAGGUAAUAAAGUUCGAAGAAGACGACGUAGUGGAAAGACCAGUGGAGGCAGAGGAAAAAAAGAAGUUAACGAUGUGCCGUCAACCAGUUACAGUGGAAAUUUAUCUGAAGAUUCAAUUGGUUCAGCUAGUGAUUUACAUGCUAUGAAUGAUGAUGAACAUCUAGGAGACGAUGAGAAAAAGUGUGAUAAUAGUGUUAAAAGAAAUGAAGAAACCAUUUCAGAAAGCAUUGUAACUUGCGGCUCUUCUGCUUACCAUGCAGAAUGUGAGAGUGUUACAACACACGAAGAUGAUGAAAUUUCACGUUUGAAAGGCUUUCGGAAAGUUAGAGAAAACUUAGCAAUAGAUGCUCAGAAGCCCUUCAUUGAAGAAGCAGAUGAGAAUAUUACUCAAGAUUUACUUUUUGUUGGACAUCAAUAUGGUGAUAAACCUUUGUUAGCUGAUGAUGAGCUCGAUACAGAAGAUGAUUAUGGGGACAGAUCUCCAUCUCCUAUUUCAGCAUUUACAAAAGAAAAAUUAUGGAAAAGUCAUGAAGAAAAUGAUUCUAAAUUAGGUUCUCUCAGAGAUCCUACUGAUGUAUUUGCAUUAGCUCCAUUCCAAAAACCAUUAGUGUAUUCACGUCGCAGUUCAAGUAGAGGAAGUAAUAGAAAAGUUCAUCUUUAUCAAAGUCGCAGUCAACCUGCUAGUCAGACUGUUUCCCCAAUGGACCUGGUUAGCAGCAGUAAUAAGUCAACAUUUCUAGUCUCUUCUUCCCCUCCAAAUUUCAGUCUUACUCCUGAAUGUUCUUCAGUUUCAUUUCCAAAAAUGUCAUUGCCAUAUGCUGGAUCAUCUGCAGGUUCAGGAGAUCAGAUCUUUUCUGAUUCUUUUGGAAAAGUAGACGAAAUGCUUAGAAACAGUGCUCAUGAUGAGAUAGAAUGUUCAAAACAAGACAUGUCAGAUUGUUUUAAAGCUGAUGGAAGGUAUGAUUCUACGCACUUUGCUUCAUCUGUUCCACCAAUUCAAGAACAAGACGAACCAUCUGAUGGGGGAAAGGACAUGUUUGGGUCUUCUCCUUUUAAUUCAGGUUCUUAUGCAAAUCCAUUUAAUAGUACAAAUGUUGCUGUAGUUCCACCUUCCACAUAUCAUGUUCCCACACCAAAUACCCCAUCUCCUAAUAAACCUCCAUCUUCGUAUGCAAGUCCAUGUCAGGAAUAUUUCUGCAUUCCACCAAUUGCAAAAACUGUGCCAGAUAGUUUACAUCUCAAAGAAUCUCCUGGUUGCAGGCUAACUGUUGCUCCUCACAAAAGUCCUCCUCCUGCCAUUGCUCCAGAUCAACAGAAUGCUUCUGCACAUGAUUUGUUUGGGUCUGUGCCAUUUAAUGAAAUGACAUCUAAAAUAUUCAUUUCACAGAAAAAUAAACAAAGUGUUUCGUCUCCACAAGAAUUACCAUUGUCUCAACAUUCAAUGCGUCCUGCAUCCUUGUCACUUGGUCAUGUUUCAUCUAAUCAGCAUUGUGGAAAAAGUUCUUCGAUUCUGAAUAGUAUGUCGGGAUUUUUAUACCUUGCCCAACCCAAUACUCAGCAUUCACAAUAUUUUGAUGAAGAAAUUGAUAUUCCAGAAAGUAGUCAAGUAAAAGAACCUGAUAUUACAUCACCAAAACAAAAUACAAAGAAAGAGAGAAGCAAAGGUGAUAGAUCAAAGUAUCAUCUUAUUGAAGAACGUAUCGAGUCAGACUCUCUAAAUAUUCCUACAAAAUUAUCUAAUAAAGUUGUGAAAAGCUCAACACAAAAAAAAUUAAAUAAGGCAUCGAAGAAGGGUACUUCAGAUAAAACGCCCAAUACUGCUGCAGCUGGGUUUAGCAAUAUGAGUUUUGAAGAUUUUCCCAGUGAUGAGAGGGAAAGUGUGACUGAUCAGAUGGUUGUUCCGUUUGAAGUUGUACGUAGUGAGAAAUCUGCCUAUGAUGGUGAAAGGAGGUUUGGUUCUUUGAAACGCCGGAGUAACCCUUUUUCCUGAAAAAUAAUGCGCAUGAAUCACAUCUAUCAUAUUCUGUAAUUAAUUUUUUAUUAGACAGAAUGAAAAAUGUAACAUCCUAUUGUAGGAAAUUCACAAUUCUCAUUAUUGUUCUGUUAAAUGUUUUGAGCACAACCAUUAUUUCCAUUAAUAGUGUAUUAAUAAAGAAAACAGUUAUGUGUAUAAUUUGCAUAGUAUUUGUUCAGUCAUUAUUGAACUCGUGUAUGUUAAUAAUAUUCAUUAUCAUACUAUAUACUGAGUGUACAUUCCUUUGUUGUGGAUUGUUGUUACAGUAUUUUGUGUAUUUUGCCAGAUUUCUCAUUGUACUUCUGAUACAAUGUUGCUAAAGUGAAAGGAGAGCUUUAAAUAUAAAGAAUUUGUAUUGUACAGUGUUAUCAGAUUGUAAUAAUUAUUUGUGGAAUACAGUUUUCUGAAGUUUAAAAAUCAUACUUUAUAAAGUUAUUCUUGUAUUGCAAUGAAGUGUACCAAGUUACUUGAAAAAUUAGGUGAGUCAUCUACCAAUGUCAUUGGAAAGAAGACGCACCAAUGACUUCAAGAAAAUGGAAGAAGGUAUAGUUUUUGGAAUGUUGAUAACCCAUUUUAUUAUUGUAUUAUUGAAAUUCUGUAACCAGUGACAGUCCAUAAAAAUGUUAACUGAAGCAGAAAGAUAAAAUUAAGGGAUUUGUUGUGCAGCUUACACUCAAAAAAAUUAUAUAUCUCGAAGUCACUGGUUACAGAAAUUAAGUUUUGCUACAACUAUGGUACCUGAUCUAUAUGUAAAUAUCUUCAGUAUUGAUGUUACUUCCUGAUUAUAAUAAUUAUACUAGAAUUAGUUGUGGAUUUGAACUGAAGAAUUUUCUUUGCCUUCACUUUAUUGUAUGUGCUUGUAUUAUGCUGAAAGUUAUAAUUUAAUAUGACAUUGAAAUAAUUUCCAUUUAUUACAUGAUUGUAUAAUUGAUCAUUUAAAUUAUUUGAUGUUAGUGUGUGUCAUUUUUGCUCUUGAAGGGUGAGAGAGAAUAACUGGUAUACCAGGUAAAAAAGAUUUUUCAUUACAACUUACCAGUACAUGGCAAAACAAAAUGAAUUUCCAAUUUUUCAUCUUCACUUUAAAACGAGACUGUAAAGCUCAGUUUUGAAUGAAUACCUUCAAAAUUUUGAAUUAGUAGAUAAAAGCCAUGCAUGCACAAUCAAGCAAUUUAAAUUUUGUUAGUAAGUCCUAUGUUAUUACUAGUCUUCAAGAGAAAAUGUAUUGCUUUAUAAUUUUUGUUUACUUGUAGCAGGCAACAUCAUUGCAUGAAUGUCAGAUUCGUAUUAAUUCAUGCAACAUAAGGCUGUUGAAAGAAAUGAUUGUGUGGAAGAUUUUGUGAAAGGACAAAAAGUGAAUAUCACAAGUGCCUGAAAUAAUAUAUUUUGAACACUACCAAAUUUUAUAAAAAUUUUUGAUUUUUAAUGAUGCUGUUUAAUGCACAAAGUAUAUUAUUGUGUGAUGGGAAGUGACAAAUGCUAUCUUGACACUUUUUUCAUCUUUUGCUCUUUCAUACAAGAUCUGGUUGAUGGAUGCAAGUCAGGUUCAUGGAAUGGAAUCUUUUGCCUCUUUCUGAAUUUAUUUAAUUUUAUAUUUUCUCCUAUUAAUUAAAUGUUGUUUUUCAGAGAAUUAGACCUUGAAAGAUUUGUAAAGAAUUACUUCUUUUCCAGUUGUAAAAAAAAGAAAUUGAUAUUGCUUAAUAAUUCAACAUAAUUUAAAUAUAGGCAUUCAUGUACACAUAUUUUAGAAAAAGACUAUUAAAACAAGUUGCUUUAUUAGAACAGAUAUGAGGCAUUCUUCUGUAUUUUUCAUAGUACGACUCAAACUGCCUCAAUUUCUGGCAAAAACAGUGGUAAAAAUAUGCAUUUAUUAUUAAAGUUAUGUAUCAGCACAGUAGAGUUGGUGCUCAAGAGAGCAUGGCAUUUGCCUUGUGGCUCACUCCUAUUGUUGAAGUUGUAGAUUAAAUCACUGACUGUGGUUGCUAUGCAAUAUGGCAUGCAAUUUUUUUCCCCUGUUCCUUUUUGAAAGUGGAUGCAUUGUAUUGCAAAUGAGUUUAUUCAGUGAAAAUUAAUGUUCCUCUUUUUUUGUUGGCAGCAAACUCUCUGUCACUGAUAAUGAACUCAUCUCAAAAAUGAAUUUUACAUACCAAGGUAUAUACAGUUAGUUCAUAGAAUAAUGUGUACAAUUUAUAAUUUCAUUACCAGUUCAUGUGACUGAUGUAACCUUUACGAAUGUAUACUCAGCAUGUGAAUUUCAUGCUGGUAAGUUUACUAAAGGAUAAUAUUAGUCUGUGAUUUUAGAUUGUUAUUUAUGUAGUCAGAAGAAUGUUUUGUAAGAUCAUAUGUGGCAGCAUUUAUGAAGUAUAUCAAACUGCAUUUUUAUAUUGUAAAUGGUUCCAUGGAUUUUAAGCUCUUAAAAAGCAAAUAGUAAAACAAUAAUGAAAGGUGAGACAAGUUACAGAAGUGUGGAUAAUGGUGCUAGAUCUUGUGGAUUUAUUGAAGUAUUAUUGAUUUAUCACUUCGUAUAACUGUAUAACAAUGCACCAGCUAGAAAUAUGUCAAUAUUUCUCUUUUAUACCAUACAAGGCAUAUUCUAAUAUGCAAUUUUCCUAUGGAUUGUGGUGAGUACAGUUUGCUGAUAGCAUAUACAUCAUGAAUUAAUAUUUUUAUAUCAGUUAUGGUACGAAUAUAGUCACACCAUAUACAAAGAGUUUCUGUUACAUUUUCCUAUAAAUUCUAUACUAUGUAUGUAUAUAUCUAUUUAUAAUAGCAUAAGAUGUUCUGGGAUAUUAGAUAAGUGUUUUUGUUAGCAAUGCUUAGACAUAUGAAGUCAAUAAAGUCUGGCUACUGCAUGAAUACCCAU